UCUGCUAUCAACUUUCCUGCAUCACAUCCGGUGGAUGAAGUCAAUCCUUGUCCCAACGUUCGCCAUUCCAGUUGUUUUGUGGGAUGUGUUUGCGGCACACCGGAUGUGUUACUCAAGAAUUGUGCCAGAACUACAUGAACACUAAAAGGUGUUCAAAAGUUUUUUAACAAACUUUUUUGUGAAAAAUCUCGCAAACUGUGUUCAACAACGUAUUCUUGAGGAGUGCGGGUAAUGUAUUUUCUCCCUGAAGUGCGUCGUCUUGACUUGAGAGUCAAAGUUUUUGCAUGAGUUGAAUUUGGUCACCAACUGGGAGAGGCUUGGGGAGGCCUUGCGGUUUCGGCGUGGAGUUGUAACCAUGGCCGGGAAUUUUGACGCCGAAGACCGUAACAGCUGGUACUGGGGAAGGCUUAUUCGUCAAGAGACAGUUUCACUUCUGCAGGGACAACGACAUGGAGUGUUUCUUGUCAGAGACUCAAUUACGAGCCCCGGCGACUAUGUACUUUCCGUUUCAGAGAAUUCCAAAGUAUCUCAUUACAUAAUCAAUAGCAUCAGCAACAACCGGCAAUCUGGAUCAAACCAAGCCCCUCCACGUUAUCGUAUUGGAGACCAGGAGUUUGAUGGUAUCCCGGCCCUUUUAGAGUUCUACAAGAUUCACUAUCUGGACACCACCACUUUGAUUGAGCCCACCAGCAAAGCUAAGCAUGCCGGGUUUGUGAGCGCCGCCGCUGCUGCCGGCUCGCCUCAGAGGUCAGAUGAGGUGGAGUAUGUGCGCGCCCUUUUCGACUUCCCUGGCAACGAUGAGGAGGACCUGCCUUUCCGGAAGGGGGAGAUGCUCAGGGUUAUCGAGAAGCCGGAGGAGCAGUGGUGGAGCGCAGCCAAUCUGGAUGGUCGACAGGGUAUGAUCCCAGUUCCCUAUGUGGAGCGGUACCGUCCUGCCUCACCAACUGGUGCAGGCCAAACCGCGCCCGCAGUGCCCGGAACACCUGGGGCAUCCGACGGUUCUGGUGGAGCAGCGCCCACACAGAUAGACUACGCUCAGCCUGUGGUGAACACACCUUUGCCCAACCUCCAGAAUGGACCAGUAUAUGCCAGGGUAAUACAGAAGAGAGUCCCAAAUGCUUAUGACAAAACAGCUCUUGCUUUAGAGAUGGGGGACACGGUGAAAGUCACCAAGAUCAAUGUGAACGGCCAAUGGGAGGGCGAGUGCAAGGGCAAGAAAGGCCAUUUUCCCUUCACCCAUGUCCGCCUUCUAGACCAGCAGCACCCAGAGGAUGAGAGCUGAGAGGUCACCACGCUUUCAGACGCGCACAUGCCUUCCCAUACACUCACUUCCUGUAGGACCCUACUCUACUGUAUGAAUGUCUGACCCACAUCCUCCCCAUCCCUGCCCCAUCCCCUCUCCUCCCU